AGGGCGGUGCUAGCGGUGGCCAAGCAGGGCCUUGCCUUUGUGGUUGUAGAAAGAGAAGAUGGCUCCCGUUUUGGAGAAACAGCUCUCGGGCGCAGCCGGGCCAGGCAACGACAACAACGAAGACGAAGAAGGACAAAACCUUUGGUCCUCAAUAUUGAGUGAAGUUUCAACUAGAUCGAGUUCAAAGUUGCCAGCAGGAAAAAAUAUCCUGGUAUUCGGUGACCAUGGAUCAGGGAAGACAACACUUAUGGCCAAACUUCAAGGAACUGAUCACAACAAGAAAGGGAGGGGACUGGAAUAUCUGUACAUAAAUGUUCAAGAUGAGGAUCGAGAUGACCUUACUCGCUGCAAUGUGUGGAUCCUGGAUGGGGACAUAUACCACAAAGGCCUACUUAAGUUUGCUGUUUCAGCACAGUCCCUACCUGACAGUCUAGCUCUAUUUGUUGCGGACAUGUCACGGCCCUGGACCGUCAUGGAGUCACUACAGAAGUGGGCCAGUGUGCUACGUGACCAUGUGGACAAGCUCAAGAUCCCUCGUGAGAAAAUGAGAGAAAUGGAGCAACAAAUGGUGAAAGCGUUCCAGGAGUACACAGAACCAGAGGACGCCACCUUAUCCUCUCCACAGCGACGGGCUCCAACAGCAGGGGAAGACGAGGCUGUUGUGCUGCCAUUGGGAGACAACACACUCACAUACAAUCUGGGCAUUCCAGUGCUAAUAGUUUGCACAAAGUGUGAUGCUGUCAGCGUACUAGAGAAGGAGCACGACUACAGAGAGGAGCACUUUGAUUUCAUCCAGUCCAACAUCAGACGAUUUUGCUUACAGUAUGGAGCUGGCCUGCUCUAUACAUCAGUCAAAGAAGAGAAGAACCUGGAUCUGCUUUACAAAUAUAUAGUACAUAAGAUUUAUGACUUCCAGUUCACCACACCUGCCUUAGUGGUGGAGAAGGAUGCAGUUUUCAUUCCAUCUGGAUGGGAUAAUGAGAAGAAAAUUGGGAUUUUGCAUGAAAACCUCACAACGGUCAGACCUGAAGAUCCUUUUGAAGAUUUUAUCACAAAGCCUCCAGUUCGGAAGCUGGUUCAUGAGAAAGAAAUAAACGCAGAGGAUGAGCAGGUAUUCCUGAUGAAGCAGCAGUCUUUAUUAGCAAAGCAGCCGGCCACUCCAACAAGAGGAGCAACCGAGUCUCCAGGACGACCGUCCUCAGCAUCUCCAAGGCCUUCUGUUCGUCCUGGCCAACAGACGGUGACCGGCGGCUCACCAAUGGCUGCUGUCAAAAAGCCAGAUCCUAACAUGAAAGCGGGGGCUGCCAAUGAGGGAGUGCUGGCUAACUUCUUCAACAGUCUGUUGAGUAAAAAGACUGGGUCCCCGGGAAGUCCAGGAAGUGGCGCAGUGGGAGCUGGAGUGCAAGGGUCUGCCAAGAAAACAGGGCAGAAGCCGGGUUUGACUGAUGUCCAGGCAGAGUUGGACAGGAUGACUCGCAAACAGGACCCCGUGGUUUCAGCUAACAACGUACCGCCGCCGCCGACAGAGAACGAAGCGUGAAGCAACACAAAUUGAAAAAAAAAAAAGAAGAAGAAAAAAAGACUGUCCACUGCAUUAAUACUCUGGAAAAAUACAUGUACACGUCAGCUUGAAAAAAAAAAAUUGACCAAAUUCCCAAUGUCUAUAUCAGUGAGCAGCGGUUUCACCGAAACAAGUUUUUUUUAGAUGCUUCUGGUGAGUGAGAGAGAGGUGUUAAGAUAAGUGCUGAAGGCUUGGCUUUAUUUCCCCUCCUCUCUUCCAGUGUCAAUGUUAUUUUGUGUUUAAGGAAAUGUGCGCACACUCCCGGGCAGCCAGUCUGACCUGCUGGGCUGUAGGAACUCCACUUUGUCGGGGUCAAAACACGCUCUUCUCAUGGGUUAAAAGAGGGGAAACACACUGGACCUGUAGCCUCUGGUUCAGCCUGUCUGAUGGAAGGAAUUCGGUUGUGAUUGGAAAGCUAUUUAAACUACAAAUAUAUAUAAAUAUAUAUAUUAAUUGAAAAAAUAAGUACUUAAUAAAACUCGCAAACGUAUGUAGUGUGUAUAAAACAAAAAGAAGAAAAAAAUGUUGGAUAUGAUACUGAUAUUUAUACAAAAGCGCCUCCUUUUUUCUUUUUUUUUUGACCACCAUUCAUCAGAUCCAGAAAACAUCACAAAAUGCCACUGACGUCACUAAUAUGACAACACCACAAAGCUGACAACACGUCACAUUUGUCCUUGUCGCCCUGAAGGAUUCUGUAAAUAUAAAAACAAACCAAUGUAUUCAGGUCAACUUUUGAUUUUGUAUAGAAUGAAAUUCUGUCCUAAUUCAGGAGACGGUUAGUUUGACUUAAUUCGACUGGUUGGGAUUGAACAGGCUUUAGAGGCCGACACAGAAUCUCUUCUUUAACUACAGAUGUGUAUAUUUGCAGAGGGGGUUGGGCAGCAUCUUUCCUACUAUACCGCCUAAGUGCCUCGCACAGUUAGCUGUUUGUGUCAUAGUAGAGGUGCUUGUCUACGGAAGAGGAAAGGCACUGUAGCACCACCGGUUCAAAGGUUUUCGUCCAUUUCUUUGUUGUCAUCCAAAAUAAUUUAUUGCAUUUUACAUUUUUGGUAAUGUACAACAAGCCUGUGGUCGCCUUUUUUUUUUUUUUUAGUUCUCCAGAAACAACAUUUCUGUUGCCUAGUUGAUAGAACUCAAUAGAGCAGUAGUUUAAAUGCCUUCAUAUAAACUGUAUACAGGCUGCUGAUAUUAAAGAAGAAAACCACAUGAUGGAACUGUGGUCCCCCCCCUCCUCCUUCCCCACCGAUGAACAAUUGCUGUGGUUGAAACCAUUCGCUUUGCAGCCAAAAACGCAUACAAUUACUUACUGUGGUUUGAUCAAAUGAUAUCUUGUAUUGUUCAGUGUUUGACAGCACUCUGCUCCUCUUUGGUUUCACAUGUUUUAUUCACACUGUACUCGGUUAAAAAAACAUUCCCAGUUUCUACAUGAAGUGUUUGGUAGAAACGUCCCUCACGUCCCAACAGAUUUUUUCCUUUUUUGUUCGCGUCUCUCCGCGCCCGCUUAGAACCACAACCGUUGCCUUUAAUGUACAGCUAGACGUUAGCCGCACCGGGCGCCCUGCCUUCACAGAAAUAAUUCAUUUGUGUCUUUAAAGGAUUGCUUACAAUUGUCUUAAGGCAAUUCCUUUCAUAUUAUUUUUUUUAAAGCAAAUACAUUAUACUUUAACUGUAUCAAACAAUCUGUAAUAUUUAUGGUCACAUGGCAUCAUGAUCUUAUUGAAAUUGUGUACGUUAUCAUUUUUGGGUCUGUGUGCAAGGCCCCACUUAAUCCUAUGGAUGCUAUACAUCUGUACUUCAUGUGGAUUAAUGGAGGAGAGCAGCUGUCUGUUAUUUAAAAUAACAAAAUAGCACAACUGGAGUGAAUUGGGACAUGGAACCAAAGAUGCAUAUUAGAAACCUGAUUUUCUUUAUUUUAUUUUAUUGUUAGUCAUCCAUGAGAUUAACUGGUGGCCAUUUUGUUUUGUACAAAUCUUGCAUGGAGCUCUUGCAUUCCACAUUUCAGACUUGCCUAAACUGUUUUCUACGAAAACCCCCCAUGAAAAUGCCAUACAUCUGGGAUUUUGGAAAAAAAAAAAAGGAGUUUUGUCACCAAACUGGUAUAGAAAUACACGAUAAUUAAGUUUAACGCUUAUUCUGUAAGGGAAUAACCACAAAACAAUAUUCAUGUACAGUUUGCAUCUUUGAUUUUUGUCAAAAAAGUGAUGCUACACAACUUAUAGAUUUACAUAGAUCAAAACUGAAGCUCUUGUUUUUUGUUUUUUCUUAAUUAUUAUUUUUGCGACUGGGUGGAAAAUGCACCUGAGGAUCUGUUGCCGAAAUCGAUGAAGCACAUUUUCAGAACAGCCAGGAGCAGCAGCUCCAUCACAUGUUCAAUGAAGCACUUUUCCAGGGACACUUGUAUCAAUUCCUUGUUGCUGCAGUUCAAGAUACAGGAUGCAUAUUUGUCUUUUUGUUUUUUUUUAGAUUAACCACGACCUUAGAAGUUAAUCUCAACCGUAAAGCUGCAUUGUUUGUCUGCAUUUGCUGCUUAAAUUAUAACGUGGGCCCCUUGUGGUUAAUUAUGGAAUAAUUAGUAAGAUAUUGUAUGUCUAAUAUCAAUUCUUUAGGAACUAUUGUUUGUAUGUUUUCAUCUUGAAGUAGAUAAACCAAAUACAUAUCCACAGGGUUUUUGUCCGUGAAACAUCCCCUUUUGUUUGUUUACACCCAGCAUGGAGUUGUUUUUAAAUAUGGUUUUGCCCAUAAACCCUUUUUUGUGUUCACAAGAAUUUUGAAAUGUCAAACUACUUAAAGUGCUGAUUUAUCCUGAGGAAACCGUAUGACUACACUUAAAAUUAGUGGCCGAGCUGAGCGGAAUGCUGCUUGGUUUCACAGUUGCACUUGCUCUUCGUGAAGAUUGGAUGUUGUUUCCAACAUUGAAUGAUGAUCACAUGUUGUAACUUUUAUACUCAAAGGCGGCUCCUCGCGUCCUUACGAAAAUUGCCUUCGACCACUAUUCGACAGUCAGCGUCUUCAUGACACUACGAGCUUCUGCUUCCAGUACUUUUGUAUUCAGGAUAUCGUUGUAUAUUGUUAACACAUGGCCGGCUGCAUUUUUGUGUCCUGAACUAAUUUGGAGGUUUGAUUGUAUUGUUAACACAACUCUGUAGCCUCUAAGCUGCCAUGUGGAUUCUAGCUUCUUACGCUGACAAAGAUAAGGAAAAUGUUUAUCAGACCCCUGGCUUCAAUAAAACCAAGAAUCCAAACAUUG